CAAAAAACUUCCGAACGAUUCCACACUCCAACGGACGAGCAAGAGGCGGAAGCUAUGGCCAACGAAGAAGACGAUCUCGAUCUUCUCCUUUCUCUACAUGACAGAGUUCUUGAAACUCCUACCGGAACUCCUCCCGGAACUCCUCCUCACACCUCAGAUUUUCUAUCCGACGAUGAAUCACCAAAACGAGUGGGUUCUGCGGAUAUGUCUAUCUUCAAAAACGCCGUCAAGGAUUGUCUUGAUUAUGAUCAUAUACCGGCUGAAAAAAGUGGAAAAACUAACCGGCAAAAGGCCUCGAAUGAUGUUACAGUCGAGAAGUUUUCUGGUUUGCGUAUGAGCAGGAACCAACUGAUAGCGCCUGCAGAGCUUGGUGAUCGUUUUUCUGACAUUCGCUUUGUUCGACUGUCCACCAUUAAGAAUUUGUUGGUUGGAGAUACCCUUUCAGGCUGUUGGGUAACUGUUGGAGUGUUGACUGAGAAAGGGAGUCCAAAGACAAGCUCUACAGGGAAGGCUUACUGCAUUUGGAAACUUAGUUGUUUGGAUGAAAACACUGUUUCUGUUUUCUUAUUUGGUGAUGCUUAUAAAAGAAAUUGCAAGGAGCUGGCUGGAACAGUUUUUGCACUUUUUAACUCUACUGUACGCAAGGAUGCAGUGGGCGUGGGUUUUUCUUUGAGUGUGUAUCAACCAAGCCAGAUGCUAAAGAUGGGCACAUCAGAUGACUAUGGAGUAUGCAAGGGGAAGAAGAAGGACGGGAUGGCUUGUACAACAGUAAUAAACAGGCGACGUGGCAUAUACUGUAGAUAUCAUAAAUCAAAAACAUCCGAAAAAUAUUCCACAACCACACGAAUUGAGCUCAAAGGAGGGAAUCUGAGGACGGCAUUCAGAGAUCAUCAUCUCAAGGCAGAAGGAGUUUACAUGGUAGAUCCGCAAGCUGGUAGAGUUAAUUUCAAAAAGGCAGCACCUCCCGUGAAACUGUUGUCCGUGGAAGGCCUAAAAAAGGCAUUGAGCAAUGCAGAUAAAGUGACCACCAAUGCACACUCACAAGGGAAAAGAUUCCUUGCUGAGAUCACAGGGAAAUUGUGCAAUAAUACUGCAAAUAAAGAAUCAACCAAACAAAAUCAGCAGAGGAUCAGUUCAGAGAAGACGUCAAUUUUGAAGUCAUCUACCAAGAAACUAGAUUCAGAAGUUGUAAACCAACAACCAGAUCCAAAAAGAAAGAAAGUCGAGCCUGCUCAGGCAGGCAUAACCACAAAAAGUAUUGAAAAGAUGAUCGAGUUGGAUUAUGUUAGUUCAGAUGAAGAAACUGAGCUUUUCUUCACCUUAUAAAUUGAAGUUUGAGCUUCGAUUCUUACAAGCAGAGCUAAUUGCUAUCAACCCUUGAUGCUUAUACUUACAACUCCAAUGCAAGACUGGAACUUGGUUUAUUUAAAAGGAGAAUUCAUUCAAGGCUCUAUAAGAAUGAAGACUAACUAAUAAUCAAGGCUCACUGUUGUUUGAGAGAAAAACAGAAGCAAGACAAGCCAGAACAGGAUCUGGUAUUUAUCCCUGAAUUAAUGGAGCAACCAACGACAGAAGUACUGCAUUUUUCUUUUUUUGAAAUGGCAGGAACUCUGGCUUCUUUAAGGCCAUUUUAGCUUCACUCUUUUUUUAUUUGGAUAAAUAAGCUUCUAGUUUUUCACAGUUUCCUGCCAGACGGCUGAACACAAAAGCUAAUUGACAUGAGAGGCCAAUGGGACGUGGGGGAGAAAUGGUCAUCCAAGCACAUGGGUAGGUGAUGUGCUACCCAUCUCUCUUUAAUAUUUUAUCCCUCAUUUUUUAGCAUGUUAAAUAGCAGUGGUCCGUUUGGGAAGUUCAACAUAACAGCUGAAACUGUUUGUAUAGUUGUUUCUAAAACUAAUAGAAUUUAGUUUGUUUAAAUUAUAUCAUUAA